GUUAGGAUUAGCAGUAGAUAACAGAGAACAUGAUGUAUGCUGGAUUGGUUUGACUAUGGCUCUGUCGAGGGGACUGAGAUGCUGUCAGAGAAUAUUUUCCUGGAUACCCGUUGUCAUUAUUUCAGCCGUGGUCCUGUGGUCUUAUUAUGCCUACGUAUUUGAACUUUGCUUUUUUACUCUCCACAAUACCUUGGAGAAGGCUGCUUACCUUUUGGUCUUCCACGUAUGCUUCGUGAUGUUCUGCUGGACCUACUGGAAGGCUAUCUUCACUCCAGCCGCCACGCCGUCUAAAAAGUUCCACCUCUCCUACACGGACAAAGAGAGGUACGAGAUGGAGGAGAGGCCGGACGUUCAGAAGCAGAUCUUGCUUGACAUAGCUAACAAGCUUCCCAUCUUCACACGAGCUCAGUCAGGAGGUAGACAGACGUCCUUAAAUUCUACCAGGUUUUGUGAUCACUGUCAACUAAUAAAGCCAGACCGCUGUCACCACUGUUCAGUUUGUGAAACGUGUGUCCUGAAAAUGGAUCAUCACUGUCCAUGGGUGAACAACUGCGUCGGUUUCUCAAACUACAAGUUCUUCCUUCUCUUUCUGUCUUACUCCAUGCUCUACUGUGUCGUCAUCGCAUCAACCGUGUUCCAGUAUUUCCUCAAGUUCUGGGUGGGCGAGCUUCCAAACAGCCAUGCUAAGUUCCAUGUCCUUUUCCUCCUGUUUGUGGCUGUGAUGUUCUUUGUGAGCCUCAUGUUCCUCUUGGGAUACCACUGCUGGUUGGUGGCUAAGAACAGAUCCACACUGGAGGCUUUCUCCGCACCCGUGUUCCACAACGGUCCCGACAGGAACGGCUUUAACGUCGGUUUGCGCAAGAACCUUCUGCAGGUCUUUGGGGAAGACAAAAAGCUCUGGUUUUUCCCGAUCUUCACCAGCCAAGGUGACGGCCACUAUUUCCCUCUGCGGACUCUGAGCGAAUGUCAAAACCCUUUACUGGCCAGCGAGAGGAGAUGGAGGGAAGAUGGGUCAGAUGAGGACGGCACAGAUGGUGAAGUAGAGAAUGACGCUUCAGUCCGACUGGAUAUUGAAUAGCAAUCGAUUGAACUACACUUCUCGAGGAGCACUUUCAGCUGCUUCAGGCUUGCACUGUAAAGGCGACGGAACACCAAAUCUCGGAUGAAGACGCAGCAUUCCAAAUACUGGAGGAUUUCAGAAAAGCAUGGCCUCAGAGAGUGGCUUUGUCCUCUUUUUCUUUUCUCUUCUGUUUUACCUUGUAUGAUCUGGGUUAUUAAAUCUUACACAAGCACCUCCAUCGUCUUAGAGAAUCACCAAGGACAAUCAGACUGUUCCCAGGGGCUUGGAUUUGCUUUGUCUUCUGAGUGCAAGAUAACGAUGGGUUUUAAUGACCUUGCGUUUCAUCUCCUAUUACGUUUCAGCACAUGGAUUCAUCUUCGAACGUGUUUGCUCCAUUCUCGGUGGCAGCUGGUGUCAUAGCAUUGACAAAAGCUGCAGGAAAGACCGUUUUUCUGCCGUUUUUCCCCUGUGUUCUACAAGUUCUACUAAUUGUCCUGCAAGCGUGAUCUCUCUCCAAGCCUUAAAUAUUCAUCAAAGACUAUAAGGACCCUCCUGUAAAAUCACUGUGGUGCAGUGAAUACUACUUUAUUUAAAUAUUUAAAUUGUCCGUUUUUUUUUUUAACGAUGUAUUACAGAUGUGCGUGUAUUGAUUAUGUGUAUUCCUUUAAAACGCAGCCUGCUAUUUACAGUUCGCAAACAUAGUGUGUAACGAAUGAUGAACGCUGUUUUCGUGGAAGUCUUGACUCCAUGUUCUCCAUUCCAAGUCCACAUACGGUCCUCCGAAACUAUCGGAACGGCAAGGCCGAUGCAUUAUAUUUUUGGUGCUCCACACCAAAGACGUCUGGGUUUGAGACGGAUAGAUGGAUAUGGGAGAGGAGUUUCGAAUUUCAGCUUUUAUUUUCCUGGUAUUUACAUCUAGACGUGUUAAACAACCUAAAACAGAACCUUUUUUUAUCGGACCACACAAUUUUUAGGUGAGCAAAAGUAUAGGAACAGAUCGGUUUUAAAGUAAAUGACACGUAAUAUUUAGUUGGAUCAAGCCUGUGACUCGAUGACAUCACCAAACUGUUGAUUUUUAUCUAGUGUGAUGCUUUUACCGCAACCUCUUUCAGUUGUCUGUUUCAGAGGGUUUCUCUCGUCUGUCUCCUCUUCAGAAGGUGAAACGCUGCUCAAUUGGGUGAAGGUCUGGUGAUAGACUUGGCCAGUCUAAAUCCUUCCACUUUUCCCCCCCAAUGAUAAAGUGCUUCGUUGAGUUGGUAAUGUGUUUUGGAUCAUUUUCGUGCUGCAUGAUGAAGUUCCUCCUGAUUAAUUUGGAUGGAUUUCUCUGGAUGUCGGCAGACAUGUGCCUGUAUACUUCUGAAUUCAUUCUGCUGCUACCAUCAUGACUUAAUCAUCAAUAAAGAUUAAAGAGCAUGUUCCAGAAGCAGCCAUGACGCUACCUCCACCAUGUUUCACAGACAAGCUUGUAUGUUUUGGAUCACGAGCAGGUCCUUUCUUUCUCCACACUUUAUCCUUUCCUUUCCUUUAGUAGAGGUUAAUCUUGAUUCCAGAACUUUUGUGGCUCAUCUCUGCAGUUCUUUGUGAAUUCCAAUCUGGCUUUCUGAUUCUCACCGCUGAUGAGUGGUUUGCAUCUUGUGGUACGGACUCCAUAUAUCCGCUCUGUAAUUCUUCUCCGACGGUGGAUUGUGAUACCUUCACCAGUGCCCUACGGAGGUUGUUGAUGAUGUCACUGACCGUUGUUUCUGUCAACAGCAGUUGUCGUUUUCCUAGGCCGACCCAUUCUGUGUCUGUUGUUCACUACACCAAUGGUUUCUUUCUUUUCCCCGCCCAGAACAUUCCAAAUUGCUCUACUGGCUACGACCAAUCUUUGUGCCUCUGAUUUGAUUUUCCUCGCUUUUCUCCCAUAGACAGCUCUCUGAUCUUCAUGUUGGCUCAUCUUUUUUUUAACAACAGACGCAACAGUCUUCACAGGUGCAACCGAAGGCUAAAACCAACCUAUUUAUUGUUUAAACAAUCAAUCUAACGGGACACACCUGGGUAACAAGGAGCACCUGUCAGUCAUACGUUCAACCUGUCACACGUCAACAUACAAAUACUAGGAAAUAAAAAGCUGGAAUUCUUAAACUCUCUUCUCACAUCCGUCUUUUGAUCUCGAACGCAAACGUACAGCAAAACAAGUGAAUCGGCCUCGCCGUUCCGAUAGUUUCGGAGGGGACUGUAAUUUGCUUAAAUCACAGCUGAUUCGGCUUAUCGGGGUCAUAAGCUGAACCCGGUGAGCGCAGGAAACAGUGUGGCACUGCAGCUGACAUGAGUUUCUUGUCAUUUCUCCACAUAAAUUUUGUACUGUAAUCUUAAGUCAAGAGUGCCACUGUUCACUAGGUAACACUGAAUGUAUUCCAUAUCAGCAUCCUGUGUUUUUUUUUUUUUUUUGGACUUAAGGCUUUUCUUGGUAUUACGGAAAUGUGUAACUGUAUUUGUCAUAUUUGUCCUUUCUUAAGAGUCAUUAUGUUGAUGUAAUAUUCCCAUGUGACCUUCCCUCUUUUUGAAACAUCCUCGUGCUCACUUCUGGUACAAUGCAUUACACGUUAACAGAUUCAAAUUAUGCAUUAAAAACAGUUAGAUUACUACA